AUGGGUUUUCUACUUAUACAUACUUUUAUCAGGUGGUGCUUAACUUUUUUCCAGGUGUAUAUAUCAGGGAUAUAAUAUCUCAAAGUAAACAGAUCAAUAUUAAGACAUGUAUCGAAUCUUUAGUUCAUAAUCGUAGCACUAUGGCAACAGAUUCUAGUCAAAGAUACUAUGGAUCAGUGGACCUGUGAAUGUUUUUUUUGGUUUAACAGUUUUCGCAUGAAUUUGUUGCAGCUACAGGCUUGGUUGAAACGGGACUUCUGGCGCACACAAUAAUGUUUCUGCUUAUGCUUCUCAUUCUACAGCUGUCUGUUCCUGCACAUGCACAGGGCCCGUGUCCGAAGGACAAAUACAGCAACUGUCUACACGGAAACUGCAUCAGGAACGCAGCGGGAAGAACUGAGUGUGCCAAGGGUUGUGUAAGAGGUUUCUGGGGAACCGAAUGUCGAAUUCCAUGUCCUGAACACUGUGAGGCGUGUAACCGAUAUGAUGGAACAUGCUUUAUAUGUUCAGGUGAUGUGUAUGGGCAAUACUGUAACAUUACAUGUGACGCUAUGUGCCAUGGAUUUCGUUGUAAUAAACAUGGAAGCUGCUUUAGCCCAACAUGCCAGGACCGAUGGUACGGGUCCAACUGUAGGAAACAAUGCAACCAAACGUUCCUGAAAUGUGGCAAAAUCGAUGGGGAGUGUAUAACAUGUAAAGAUGGCUUCUAUGGAAUGAACUGUGAAUUGGGAUACAAUAAAUAUGGUCUUGCAGAAGUUCAGCUGCAGGAAACGCGCGUACCUGGUUGUUCAAACGAUAGUCCAACGGAUCACGAAGUCGGAGGCUACCAUAUUUGCCCUGGUAAAUCCCUAAACUGUCUCAAUCACAACUGCACCAGAACACAGUCUGGUAAAACCAUAUGUGCAGCAGGUUGUGUUGAGGGAUUUUGGGGUACGAGUUGUAGAAUUCCAUGUACAGAAAACUGCCAAACAUGUGAAUGCCAUCAGGAAAAAUGCACGAAGUGCAAGGAUAAUCAAUAUGGAUUGUUCUGUAAUCUCACAUGUCAAGAACAGUGCCAUGGAUUCCAGUGUAACCAGGCAGGAACAUGUUCCGAUACAGCAUGUACUGAUGGAAGAUAUGGAGAUGACUGUAGCCGAGAGUGUGGAAAAGGGUGCAAGGCUUGCAACAGAACCACAGGAGAUUGUAUCAAAUGUAAGAGAAAUUACUACGGAGAAACUUGCGAUCAUCAUAUAAAUACAAAUGACACGCCCGCUACAUUGGGGCCCUCAGUUUGGGUAGUUACCCUUGUAUUCUCUGCAACGGUUUUCACUGCACUAGGUGUCGACAGAAUAGCGUAUCGCACAAGGAGAGGGAUGUUGUGGCUAGUUAGAAAGGGAGCAAUUGGAAGCAUGUGGGUACUUGAGCCCGAUAUGAAAGCGAUACGUGAUCUUGCAGACAACAUUACCAGCCUAUGUUAUAGCAUGACGGCGGACACAGGCUUUUGAUGUCUACAUUUACGUUCAGGUACAUCUUAGGAUACUGCUUCUGAAAAGAUUUGAAAGACCGUCUUCUGACAAUUGCGUGGGAGUUGUCUGAUGAGAGUAACAACAUUCAAGGCCUUCCUAGAUAUUUUCGAAUUUCUUAAUAAAGAUAUGUGAAGAACUUCUAAAAACACUCAACAUGGACAAAACAGGUACCAGAAGCAGUUCCCUAUUUGGAGGAAUAUACACCCGUUGUUUUUCAGGUAAACACCUAACGUUCUUCUUCAGGUUUUUGUGAUCGCCGUCACGGUUUACGUCAGUGGUAAGGAUACCCCGGUAUGAUGACAUACUGAUCUUUCAUAAGCACAAGUAUAUGAUCUUGCUAAAAACGUAGAUCGUUCGUAGGUGAAAUUUCUCGAAGACAAUGCCUUUAUGAGAGCUGUCUGGAAGAUAAUGAUAUGAUUCGUCAAAAUUGUACAAUAUUGCAAUAACUGCAAUAACUAUAUUUCGGUCUUGAUAGGUAGCUUUGGAUUUUGCUAUUAGUUUUUACGCUUCUGCUUUAUCAGUGAUUAUAUUUUUCAAGCAGACACUGCAUAAACCAGACAUUAUUAUUUUUGAGUUGAUUACUUUUUUAUACUAGUUGGAAGAAGUAAUGGAAAUUUAUCUUUUCGUUUGGAUUCAUGUAAUGCUCUUGUUUAUCAGUUUUCUUGUUUAUCACUCGUUAUCGCAGGGGUGGAAAUAACCCAUUGCCCGACGCCCGAGUCCAGUGUUUUUUUCUGUCGGGAAAGCAAAUUUGUA